CGAUUAAAAGUCGCGAGACUUCCCUUUCGCUUCCUCUUUGCGUCACCCUCAAAAAAUGCCAUCCAAAACACGCAAAACCAGGAAGCUAAGAGGGCACGUCAGCCACGGCCAUGGCCGUGUUGGCAAGCACAGGAAGCACCCUGGAGGUCGUGGUAAUGCUGGUGGUAUGCAUCACCACAGAAUUAACUUUGACAAAUACCACCCCGGUUACUUUGGUAAAGUGGGUAUGAGACACUACCACCUGAAGAGGAAUAUGUACUUUUGCCCAACAAUUAACUUAGACAAGCUUUGGACACUUGUCAGUGAGCAGACUAGGCUGAACUAUGGCAAGAAGCUAGACGGCCCUGCUCCCAUCAUUGAUGUAGUGCGUGCUGGUUAUUUCAAGGUGUUGGGCAAAGGCAAGUUACCAAAACAGCCAGUUAUUGUGAAAGCGAAAUUCUUCAGCAGAAGAGCCGAAGAAAAAAUCAAGGGAGCUGGUGGAGCCUGUGUGUUAAUGGCUUAAAGUUCUAAUUCCUCUGCGUUCAGUAAAAUUUCUUUUUAAAAGAAA